UACCAUGCCCAUCACAGUCACAGUAGUGAUUGAUAUUUCAACGAUCUGCCGACUUUCUUUUGUUUUUAUAAAAGAUUUUUUCGAUCCAUAGUUCCUUGCCGCCAAUCAUUAAUAAUAAUUUUAUUUUCCAAUUUAUCUGUUGAACAAUACAACCAUACAGGUUCUGUUACUGGGGGUUUUCAAGCUAAAUGUAAAUCUCAUACUUUUUUUCCUUUUUGUCAACUAUCGAUUUAACUAGAUUAAGUUGUGGUUAAACGAACCGAUUUUUUCGAAAAAUAUCUCUAAAUGUAAAUUUCAUACUUUUUAUUUUGUCAACUACCGAUUUAACUAGACUAAGUUGUGGUUAGAUAAACCAAUUUUUCGAAGGGCAUUUCUGUUUGUCUUUAUCAAAUCUAUAUGUAAAUCUCAUACUUUUUUUGUCAACUACCGAUUUAAUUAGAUUAAAUUGUAGUUAGACUAACUGAUUUUUCAAAAAGUAUAUGUGUAUGUUUUUAUCUAAUCUAUAUGUGAAAAAUACGAUCACUGGUUCUUACUUCUUUGUUGAUGAGUCCGCCAGACAUUUCUACAUCUGAUAGAUAUGAAUGAGCUUCACAUUCUUAAAAUAUUUUUCUAAUUUCUGGAAAACUUCAAUUUUUGAUGCUAAUGUUAGUCCAUCGGAUUCAUCAUCAUGUACGCUAGGUCUAAACAGUUGGUCUUAAAACGGAUCAAGAUUAUAUUUUUGUCUCUCAUGCAUGAACUGCCCACAAUAACAUUUCUAUCAUCAGUGAGGUUUCCACCGCACGUCCAUUAUCUAGACAAGUAUUUUUGUUAUCUCAUCAGUUUAUUAUAACUAUUAAUAUUUUAGGUAUUCUUUUAUCGAUUAGUUAUUUAAAUUAGUUUAGUUACUUUUCUUUUUUUUUUCACUAGACAAAAUUUGAUCAGGUGGUUGAGCCAAUGAAGGAUUAGAGGCCACCUCCUUAAACUUUUAAAUUUAAUUUAUUAAGACAUAAUUAUAAUAUACAUUUAUCAACUGGUAAAUUUUCAAAGAUUGACUCCUAUAAUUGAUUAACAUUAUUAAUUGUCUUUUAUAACCUUUUUAACAGUGAUUAACAUUAUUAUUAUUAUUUUUGAAAAAGGGCUGACAUUUAUUAACAGUAUUAACUGUUUUUGAUAAUAUUUAUUAAUUGUAGUUAUUAAGAGUAUAAAUAAAUUUUUUCUGCUUUCAUAGUUAGUGAGUGACAUUUUUUUAUAAGAGAAAGUAUUAAUUUUGGAUUUACAUAGAUUUUACAUCCACUUUUAUCAAAUAUAGGAUAAAAUGAUAAAUUUUAAAAUAUUCCAUCUUGAAUCCACGCAUGUUUUAAUAUUACCAUUACAAUAAAAACAAAAUUGGAAAUAUCGUAAAUUAGUCAACUUUAGAAUUUUUAACAAAGAAAAUUAUACAAGAAAAUAUAAAGUAAUAGAUAUAUACAAAAUAGAAUCCCAGUAGAUUUUUGUAAUAGUAUAUGGGUUACUGGAUUAGGUAGUUAUUGAGAGUACUAAUUUAUUCGUAGCUUGACACGUAUAUGAAUCAUGUGAUGCACAGUCAUGUAAACGUGGCCAGUACCAAUCAGGGCAUUGACUCUUUUUGUCGGCCAACUUUUUGCCUCAAAAUGUAAAUCUUAACACCCAAAAACGGUAACAAAAUCCUAAUUAAAUUGACCUGGCCUAUUUGAUACUAUUUAUGAAUUAUCUAUUUCCUGAAAACAAAUAUUUCCAAAAUUUAUUUUUCACGUCAAAAUAAUUAAAAAUAAUUAUAAUGAUAGUGCAAAUACAAAUAUCACUGUGACUCGAUCUCAUGUCUAUUAUCGAUUUGCCAAGUUGUGAAACUCAAAUUUAUUUAAAAUAUUUUUCUAGGUUUGACAUUGUAGGUUUCUCCUAUUUAACUAUAUCAUUUCCGCUUUUUGUCAAAAAAAAAACUAUAUCAUUUCCGAUUAGUCAAAAAAAAACUAUAUCAUUUCCGAGUUUUUAUUUGUUUUGAGAAAGCAUUUCAGAAUUGAAGAUAAAGAUAUCAUUACUAAGGCUAUGAAUGUUGAACGCGUUCCGUAGCGGAACGAAGCGGUCCGCAAUGCUGUGUUACCAUUCAUAUGCAUUUUGUUUUCUUGGAUAAUGAGCAAAGUAAAAUAAUAAACAAAACAAAAUAUUACUUUAUAGUCUUGUCAAGGCAGAACGCACGGUGUGGUCAAUACGUAUGUAUAAGGUGUGGUUAGGCUAUACUGUAGGUGGUUUAAAUAUUUUUUGUUUUUAUAUUAAAAAUGUUCAUGAAACCAAUUUUCUCUAUACUCUCAUGUGUUAUGUAUCAUUGUAUUUCUAAAGAAAACUAAUAUCAACUUUACAAAAUAUGAAUGUUACUGCGUACAUCUGUUAUUUACAUUAGACUUAGAUAUUUUAUCCGAACUCAAAAACCUGCACCAAGACCGAUUCAAAAAUAUAUGUUCAGUUUAAAUAAUAUUUUAUUAUUUUAAACCUAAAUGUAGUUAAUAUAUAUAUAUAUAUAUAUAAACUAUAUUAUAUGAAUUCAAGUUUCUAUUCGGUUCUCGGUUUGGUUUUGGUUUUUCAGUUUUAGAAAUAUAUGAUCAACUAGUAUAAUUGAUAGGAUCCAUACGCAGACCAAACUUCGUUUUUUGGUUUGGUUUGAUUUUGUUUCAGAUAAAUGUGCCAAUGACUAAUUAUAAUUUUGAAAUUUGAAAUACAAUAUUUUAGAUGAAAAAAUAUGUGGAUAUGAUUUGUACAGUUUUUCAGAUAUAUAAAGAUUUUUAUAAAUUAAAUAACAGUUGUUUAUACUAGUAUCACUGGUAUAGUGGUAUCUAAAUUUAUAAUUUAUUAUAAAUUAAUAGAAUAUUUUGGAUAUUUUAAUUUAAUUUUGUUUAAAGACAACUAGCACAAUAAUAAUUCUUAAACAUAAAAUAAUUGCCUAUAAAUCUCAUUUAUAGCAUAUUAAAUUAUAUAUAUGAGAUAUAUAAAAUAAUUUUUAAAAGAAAAUUUAUAUUUUAAUAAUUAUACUAGUAUCACUGAUUUUUAGUUUGUAAAAUAUAAAUAUAUCAUAUGUAUUCCGCAGUUGUACUAUUUAUGGUAUAUGUCACCAUUCAUACUUUGUUUUGAACCACUUUUUAGACGAACCGCAGUUGUUCCGCAGCAAUGCGUUUCUCUUAUACAAACCGCAGCUAAACCGCACCGCACUAUCCAAUCCGCUUGUCCCGCACCGCUUAAACCGCUGUUACCAUUCGGAGCCUAAGUGGAAUGGCAACGACAUACACGUGGUUAUGGACGCUUCUCGCCUUCAUUCUGACAUGGAUGGUUUUUCACCUCAUCAAAAGAAAGAAGGUUGGAACAGAAGAGACAGAGGUCGAUGCAGAAGAGACCAGAGAUGGUGAGGCUCAUGAUGUCAUCAUUGUUGGGGCGGGUGUGGCAGGCGCGGCUCUUGCUUAUGCUCUUGCUAAGGAUGGGCGGCGAGUACAUGUGAUAGAGAGAGACUUGAAAGAACCUCAAAGAUUUAUGGGAGAGCUGAUGCAACCGGGUGGACGCCUCAUGUUAGCUCAGCUUGGCCUUGAAGAUUGUUUGGAGGAGAUAGACGCUCAAGAAAUAAAGUCAUUGGCAAUUUACAAGGACGGGAAAAACGACACCUUGUAUUUUCCGGAUAACAAAAAUUUUCCUUAUGAAUCUGCCGGUAGACUCUUACGUAAUGGCCGUCUGGUACAACGUCUACGCAAAAAGGCAGCUUCUCAUGCCAAUGUGCAACUCGAAGAAGGAACGGUGAAGUUUUUGAUAGAAGAAAAAGGAGUGGUUAAGGGAGUGAUAUACAAGAAUAGUGCAGGCGAAGAAAUAACUGCCUUUGCACCUCUCACUGUGGUAUGCGACGGUUGCUACUCGAACCUUCGCCUGUCAGCCGUCCAUAAUAAAGUGGAAGUGCUCUCUUAUUUUGUGGGUUACGUCACGAAGAAUACCCGACUUGAAGAUCCACAUAGUAUGCAUCUGAUUUUUUCUAAACCUUUACCAUGUGUUGUAUAUCAAAUAACAAGCAAUGAGGUUCGUUGUGCUGCCGAGGUUCCUGCUGAUAGCAUUCCUUCUAUAGCAAAUGGCGAAAUGGUUAACUUUCUCAAGAAAACUGUGGCUCCUCAGAUACCAGAUGGAAAUCUCCGUGAGACAUUUUUGAAAGGGGUUGAGGAGGGACUACUAGAAAUAAAAACAACUGCGACUAAGAGUAUGUCAGCGAAGCAGUGUGAUAAGAAAGGAGUGAUUGUGUUGGGAGAUGCAUUCAAUAUGCGUCAUCCUAUAAUCGCUUCAGGGAUGAUGGUUGCACUCUCUGACGUUCUCAUUUUACGCAAUCUUCUCAGGCCAGUGCCUAGCUUUAGCAAUACUAAGAAGGUCUUGGAGCUUGUUAAGUCCUUUUACAUCAUCCGCAAGCCAAUGUCGAACACGCUGGCGCAUGUCUUCUCAGAAGUGCUUGUUGCUAUAACGGACGAAGCAAGAGAGGGAAUGCGAGAAAGCUGCUUUAAUUACCUCUCCAGGACCAGUGGUGGUUUCCGAACAUCCGGAAUGAUGGCUAUUCUUGGAGGCAUGAACCCUCGUCCCCUUAGUCUAGUUUUUCAUCUUGUAUGCAUCACCCUCACCGCCAUGGGCCACUUGCUCUCUCCAUUUCCUUCGCCUCGUCGCUUUUGGCAUAGCCUCAGAGUUUUUGCGUUGGCUUUGAAAAUGUUGGGUGCACAUUUGGGGGAUGAAGGGUUGAAAGAGAUGUUGAUCCCAACAAACGCAGCUUCCUAUCGCAAAAGCUAUAUGACCACGGCCUCCGACUGUUGAUUGAUCAUUCCAAAACCAAGACUAUGUAUUCGGAGACGAAAAUCAGUUAACUCAAACAGUUAAAUUUAAUAUUUAAAUAAAGAACUGGUUAUGGCGA